AUGGCCACAUGGUUCAUGUUAUGGACAAGUUCACUGCUUCAGAACUUGAGGGCACCAUCAUCCAUGAACCACAGAUACAACUAUUCUGCCUCCUUCAACCAGGGUGGCUUGUCAGAGGACAGCCUGGUCAGCCUAUAUGAUGACAAUAGAAAGCACUGGAACUGGGAGCUUCAUCCACCCCCAGGCUCUGAUUCACCUCCUGAGCAACCCAGGCCACUUGCCUCAGAGCUGCCAGUAGAAUUGGAAAAGCUCUGCAUUGAAAAGCAAGUUGCUCUGUUUCUCAAUGCUAUUGGAACUGCUGCCAAAUCCAUGAUGCCCAGUCUAUCCAGCAAACCCCAGUGUCAAUGGAUGGUAGACUGGAGCAGAACCAGCUUGCAAGGUUCUACAGCAAACUUCUUUGACUUCGCUUUUAUGACCACUCUGGUGGUGCAAUCUCACCCUCUAUCCAAUAUCCACACUGAUGCAGAAGUCUUCAUAUACAUUCUCCUGCUCAACCCUUGGCUUCAAUUUGACCAUAGAGAUAUCCCCCCAUCCUGCACACAGCUGCAAAUGCACAGCACUUGGAAUACCUCUCUCCCCUUUCCCCUCUCCUACAAUGCCUUCUCUUCACUUGGAGUCAGGCAUCCUCCCCAGUGCAAACUCACUCCUGGCUCCCACAUCACCCAAACACAUCUCAGCAAUCAGGAGGAUCCAAGCUUUCUAGGAAGGGGUACUGUUUGUUACCUCACAUGCUACAAUGGGGAAUACUAUGUCAUUAAGGAUUAUUGGGUGGAGGAGUCAGAGCAGAGGACAGCCCUGCAUGAAGUCAACAUGAUGAAGCUGGUCCAGGACAUUGACAGAGUUCCCAAGUUGCAACACUACUGGGUCGUCAAGAUAUUUUACAAGGUCAUGUUACAGGGGGAAUAUGACUUGGGUGGCACAGAAGCCAUCACUAAAAGUGGAAAGACUAAUGUCCCAUCGAUCCAGAAAAAUGAUAUCGAAUCCCUGUUCUACAUUUUCAUCUGGAUCCUCAUCCUUUAUGAUGGGCCACUUGACCAUGAGUGUCAAGAUAUCAGCCAUGAAAAGACACUUCUUGGCUUGUGGAGUGAAAAGGCAGCCAAAGAUCUCAAAAUCACUAGAUGUGCCAAGUUCACAUUCCUUAAUGACCUGUCCAAAUUGAGGCUGGAUUCCAAGGUCUCACAAUAUUUUCAAGAUCUAAUCCCUCUGGCUAACAAGUGGCACAUAUUGCUUGGGCAGUCCCUGCUGAGUGGAACUGCAGUGCAGUUCUCUGAUGUUAUCUCCCUUUUUGAUCAUUUCUUGGCCAGCAUUCCAUAUGAGAAACCACUGGAGAUGAUGAAUGCAUUCCAGUAG